CGCCCAAUUUAUGGCAACUAGGAACGCCCCCUAAAAUGUCAACAUGUUCCGUCUACUGCUGUGUCGUUUGAAUAACUCGUAAAUAUUUGGGUUUAUGUAAGUGGUUAGAAAUCAUGGCAGUGUUUGAAAAGAAGGCACCAGCCAAAGUUCUUCUCGACGACUCAGAAAGUUUAACAGCGACCGUGGAAAAUGCCCAGAAAACAUCGGACCAUAUUGAAUAUAUUUUACGAGUCCAGAGAGGCCCAAUGAAGGAAAAUUCAUGGCAACUAACAAAGCGUUACAGUGAUUUUGAUAACUUAGAAUCACAACUGAGAAUUUCUAACAUAGAAUUUCGUCUGCCACCUAAGAAAGUUUUUGGUAAUUUUGAUCGAGAGUUCAUAGCUGUUCGUCAGUCUGGAUUACAGGAGUUUCUUCAAAGUGUUUUAUCCAAUCAUCUACUAGCCGAGUCGAUAUAUGUGAAGAGAUUUCUCGACCCCAAAACAUACUCAACAAAUUUAUCAGAAAUAGCAUUACAACAUGUUUCUAUGAUUUUCCGUUCCGAACCAAAAUGGGAAGUUAUUGAACCUCUACAUGAAAUAGGUACAAGGAUCAGGAAGUCUUAUAUUAUGGUAAAACCAUUGGCUCAACCAAAACUAAAACAGAUUCUUUCAUGGAGUGAUUUUGGUCCUGACCAGUAUAUACCUGAAAAAGAAUUAACAGCAUUAAUGACAUUACUUCCUACUAUACAGCAUCCUUUUAUUUUGGCUCCGUUGUUUGCGACGUCCAAUGAAAAUGGAGGUCUCGUGAUAACUGAUUUUUACGAGAAGGGGACUCUGAGAGAUCAUCUGUGUAAAUGUAAAGCAAAAGGACAUUUUCUUAAAAAAUACGCCAACCCGAAAGUUUUUUGUCCGUUAGAUAUGAGUGCAAUUAAAGUAUAUGGUAAACAGAUUCUAGAAACGUUGAAAUUUUUACAAGAUAAACACAUUCCACACGGCCAUGUCCAUGCUGGUAAUAUUAUAUGUUUAUAA